AUGGUAGCUAGCAAACUCGGGUUUGGUGUUGUGAUAGGAAGGUCUGACAAUGACACUAGUAGAAGGCAAGCAUUUGUAACAAUGACAUGCGAGAGAAGCGAAAAAUAUGUUCCAAAAAUUCGGAAGUUAAAACAUUAUGUCACUGGAUCGAGAAAAUGUGAGUGUUUGUCUAAAUUACGCGGAUAUUGUCGGGUGAAUAAUAUGUGGCGAUUUAAUGUUAUUUCUAGUAUACAUAAUCAUGUGUUGGACACCAAGCUACAAGGUCAUCCAAUUGUAUGUUGGCUUAAGCCGGAGGAGAAGGAAAUUAUUUUGGAAAUCUCAAUAAUCAAAGUUAUGCCGAGAAACAUACUUGUCGAUCUGAAAUGGAAAAGACCCCAAAGUGUUUCAGAUAUCAGGAAAAUAUACAAUGAACAUUAUCAGCAAAACAUGGCGAAUAGAGGUACGAGAUCCAAAAUGCAACAACUUUUGAAACUUUUGGGUAAUAACCAAUAUGUUUUAAUGUACAAAAUGUGUGAGGAUAAAUUCAGCGUCCGUGACAUUUUUUGGUUUCAUCCAGAAAGUAUCAAGUUAUUUAAUACAUUUCCAACCGUCCCUAUAAUUGAUUCAACGUACAAGACCAACAAGUACAGACUCCCGCUUCUAGAAAUUGGUGUCACUUCUACGGAAAAGACAUUUUUUGUGGGAUUUGCAUUUUUGAAAUAUGAGAAAGAAGAUAACGUCAUAUGGGCGUUAGAAAAGACAUUGUUUUGGUGA